AUGAUCUCCUCACACUACAACAGAAUCAUUAUUAUCUUCACCCUACUCACCUUCACCUUCACAAAUAUUGCCCAAGGAACAUUUUCUAUCAGUCUGCCUCAAACAAUGACAAGCGGAGGUCCAACCAAUCCAACUGCGACCUGCAGUUCUCACCUCCACUCCAACUUAGCACCUGGCUCAAGCACCACUACUUGGACAUCUGCAUCUUCAACAUAUACCCAGAUCCUGCCUGGUUGCUGCUUUCGGAGCAAUGGAAUUCCGGGAUCAUGUGAGACUCAAUCCACAUGCAAGCCACAAACAGGAACUCCAGCAACUUCAACCACAGUACCGACUUCAAAUCCUACCGUAUCCGCAACUCCGAGUCCUAGUCCAAGCCCAACUCAAAGUUCAGGACGGCGGAGCAUGGAGCUGGACACCUCUCUACUGCGCUCGUUCGCUGUAUUGGGACUGAUCUCGAUGGCCUUGAGUUAUUUGGUAUUUUGA